AUGAGAGGUAAAACUUUAGUACGGGAGUCACAAUGUUCGUCGAUUUGCGCCUUCUGUGCGCAUCGACUCGGACAAGCUUCACAAACUUUCCAUGUACAGCGUCGAUUUCUCCAAUCUUCUCGCGCAACCUCACGACCUCCAGCAGAAGGCGCUGCUCUGCGCGAGAAUACCGACGACAAACAUAACUCACAGCCUGGGAAUUGGCAAGGACCCGUUGUUGGUGUGGGCAGAGGCAAUGGAAAGGGUCCGGUAAACAGAAAUGCGCCCUCCUGGGGUCGAGGAUCAGUGCCAGGACGUGGCAGCAUACCAAGCGGAGGUUGGGGAAGACCUGGUUUAGGGGGGGUACCUAGGGGAGUACCUGCUACUCGUGUCCUCAACAAUGCUGGAGAAACUGCUCCGGUUCCCGACCUUUUGCCACACGAACAACGAGCGAGAGAUCUUAUGUUGGGAAAAGAGGCCGAAGCACAGCAAAGAAAAGUUAAUAUUCCCAUGGGCCCCGGACCCCAGGCAACUAGAUCAGGGAGAUACGAGCCACGAACGGAGGACGAACGAGCACGGAUCGCAAGGAAUUCACUGGAAAGAAGGAACGCGAGAGAAGCGCAAGAUCUCCACGACGGCAGGAGAUCUGACGUGUUAAACGGAGCGUCUUUUACUUUGAGAAAAUUUCCCACUGGUCUUGCGCCUGAGGAGGAUAGAAGUUCAUCCGAUAAGCCUAAACCAUCCGAGUGGAGCCAAUUGAGACGUAGGGAGCAAGCGACUUCUGCUCCAGAGAACCCAGCUGUUGCGCGCGAGAAGAGAUUCCGGGAAGGCCGUAGGGAAAGGGAAGAGCAGUCUCGUUGGGGUCGUUAUACCCCUCUAGGUACGGUUUCGCGACCCGAAGUAUCUAGGGACGGUUAUAAACCCCGUAGCGAACCAGAGUAUCAGCCUCGUUAUGGUCGUUAUACCCCUACGAAUACGAUUUCGCAACUUGAAGUUUCUAGAGAUGGAUAUAGACCCCGCCCGAACCGGUUUGUUCCGAGCUCAGACCCGUCGGUCUAUGACUCCAAGCCGCAGUUUCAGCAGGAGAGUUCAAGUGAUUUUGCGGUGAGAGACAAGGCCGUGGAAACGCCCGAGAUGCGAGAGACUCUAGUUUCCUAUAAAGCCUUUCGUGCUGUAGAGAACGACUCCCAACCUCAAGAAGUCCUCGCCGAGUCUACCACAAAACAAGUUGUCGAAAAAGAGGAUGAAAAAAAGGAAGCCGAACAAGAAGAUGAGGAUACGCAGCCGACUCGAGAGAGGCGGAAGAAGAAAACCCGUCGAGGGAAAUCCGAGAAUGUGGAAGCGUCUUAUGGUAAACCAGCUAAGGGCGGAGAUCGUGACAAAGCAAGAAGACGCCAACAAUUCGUGCAGGAGGAAGACGAAGAAGCACUGGAAAUAGCAAGAGAAGAGGCUCGCUUGCGUGCAGAAGCUAAAGCCGAACGAAAACGGGAGAAGGCAGCCAAAAAGCCUGUUCCCAUAAUGUUACCAGAGUUUAUUUCGGUCUCAAAUCUCGCCAUCGCGUUGAGGGUUAGGCAGGAAGACUUUGUUGCCAAAAUGACUGAGUUAGGAUUUGAGGAAGUCCAUCACGACUUCAUUUUGAAUGCAGAAAAUGCUGGUUUGAUCGCACAGGAGUACAAUUUCGAACCCAUAAUCGAUCGUGGUGAAUCGGAGGACCUUAAAGCCAUGGAUCCCCCAGCAGACACCUCGAAUUUACCUUCUAGGCCUCCAGUCGUGACGAUCAUGGGUCACGUCGAUCACGGGAAAACCACCAUUCUUGACUACCUCCGUAAGUCUUCAGUUGCUGCAACUGAGCAUGGGGGCAUAACUCAGCACAUUGGAGCCUUUUCGGUUCCAAUGCCCUCGGGAAAGACAAUCACAUUUCUUGAUACCCCCGGCCAUGCUGCCUUCUUAAGCAUGCGUCAGCGCGGUGCGAACGUUACUGACAUCGUUAUCUUGGUCGUCGCUGCAGACGAUAGUGUCAUGCCUCAAACCGUUGAAGCUAUUAACCACGCAAAAGCAGCUAAAGUGCCUAUCAUUGUCGCUGUCAAUAAAAUUGAUAAGGAAGAUUCAGAUGUCGAGAAAGUGAAGCAAGAUCUUGCUCGACACGGAGUUGACGUUGAGGAUUAUGGUGGAGAUACCCAAGUUGUCUGCGUAAGCGGGAAGACUGGCCAGGGUAUGGACGAAUUAGAAGAAGCUGCUGUCGCUUUGUCCGAUAUCUUGGACAUGCGAGCCGACAGAGACUGUCCAGCUGAAGGCUGGGUCAUCGAAGCCAGUAUCAAGUCUAUGGGCAAAUGUGCGACAGUCUUAGUACGAUGUGGUACAAUGCGCCCCGGCGAUUUCAUAGUUGCCGGUACCACUUGGGCCAGGAUUCGCUGUCUCCGCAAUGAGGCUGGAGUUGACAUCGAAGAAGCUGGUCCCGGAAUGCCAGUGGAGAUUGACGGCUGGCGUGAACAACCGCUCGCAGGUGAUGAAGUUCUGCAAGCACCUGAUGAAGGCAAGGCAAAGAGUGUCGUAGACUAUCGUCUCGAAAGGGAGGAGCGUAACAGGCUCGCCGAGGAUAUGGAGGCUAUUAACGAGAGCCGUAAAGUCGAAUCGGACAAAAAGACUCGCGAAAAACUUGAGACGCAAGCCGCUUCUGAGGGUGUCACGCUUGAGAUACCUGAACAGAAGGUUGGCGGUCCAAAAGAAAUCUACUUUAUUGUCAAGGGAGACGUCAGUGGUUCAGUUGAAGCCGUAGUUGAUAGCAUAUCCGCUUUGGGUAAUAAGGAAGUCCAUCCUUACGUACUUCGCUCUGGCGUUGGCCAAGUAUCAGAAUUCGACAUUGAGCAUGCUUCCGCGGCUAAGGGACACAUCAUAAAUUUCAAUACCGAGAUCGACCCUCACAUCCUUCGAUCUGCCGAUGCUGCAAAGGUCAAGAUAAUUGAUCAGAAUAUCAUCUACCGUCUCGUAGACGAGGUCAAAGCCAAGCUUUCGGAGCAUCUCCCACCCCUUGUAACCCAGAAAGUGAUAGGCGAAGCAGAUAUCGCCCAGGUCUUCUCUAUCACUGUGAAAGGACGACAGGUCAAGAAUGUCGCUGGAUGUAAGGUUAGAAAUGGAACCAUCGCAAAGAAUGCGAGAGUCAGGGUGCUCCGUAGAGGUGAGAAGGUAUUCGAUGGUGCAAUUCUGACUCUCAAGAACGUCAAACGUGAUGUUGCUGAGAUGAAAAAGGGUACCGAGUGCGGGAUUUCUUUCGAAGAUUGGACAGAUUUCGAAACUGGAGACCAAAUCCAGACUUAUGAGCAGAAAGAAGAGAAGCGCUACUUGUAA